AUGGACGCCUCCUCCCUCCGCAUCUCCAAGUUCGAUGGAACUAACUUCCACGCCUGGAAGUUCAAGAUGCAGAUGGUGCUGGAGGAACGGGACCUAUGGGAGGUCGUCAGCGGUGAGAUCAAGGCGGAACAGUGCGAGACUCAGUUGGACCAAGCGACGUACAAGAGGAAGUCAAGAAAGGCGAUGGCAGUGAUCUGUCUAGCCAUGGAAGAUUCCCAGCUACCGUUGGUCCGGUCGGCAAGUGGUGCAUGCGACGCAUGGUCAAGGUUGGAAGACCACUUCGAGAAGAAGAGUCUUGCCAACAAGCUGUUCUUGCGCCGUCGCUUCUUCACGACAAUGAUGGAAGAAGGCGACGAUGUGCUCGAACACAUCAACAAGCUCAAGACGCUGGCAGAACAGCUAGAAGCGGUGGGGGCUCCAGUCUGCGAGGACGAUCUGGUGAUCACACUUCUCGGCAGCCUGAGUGACUCGUAUCAAUUCUUGAUCACAGCUUUGGAGUCGCGCUCAGACACUCUUAGCUGGGAGCUCGUGACAUCUCGACUGCUUCAUGAAGAAAUGAAGCGGAAGGAGCAAGGAAGUAAAGGUGAUGAAGCUUCGCAAGGUCAAGCGUUCAUCACAAGGGACAAUCAGCGCAAAGGGCGACCAGUGAAGAAGUCCUGGCCGUGCCACAAUUGCGGAAAGAUUGGUCACUGGAUGGCGGAGUGCCCCUCGCGCAUCCAAGAAAACACGGAGAGACACCGGCCACAGCGUGCUCAAGACAGCGGCGACCGCUAUCGAUCACAACGUGCAAACGUCGCUCAAGAAGAAGACUCGGGCGACUACCUCUUUUCGAUCGGUGAAACGACAUCUGCGAAAUCGAGCGACAUCUGGCUGGUCGACUCCGGGGCGACGCAGCACAUGACGUGCUCCAAGAAGUUCAUGCGGAACUACAAGGGGUUUGACGCUGUGGAUGUCCAUCUCGCGGAUGAUGGAAUCGUCCAAGCAAUCGGCAGUGGGGACAUUGUCAUGUCGAUGAAGACACCCCAAGGGAUGAAGAAAGGUGUGCUCACAAACGUGUGGCACAUCCCAAAGUUAUCCAGAAACCUGUUCUCGGUCGGCCGCUUCACCAAGGAUGUCGGCCCAGUGACGUUCACGAAGGAUGGGUGCUAUGGAAAAUCGAAAGGGACCAAGUGGAAAAUUGGCGCCCGUGAAGGUAAAGGACUGUUCAAGCUGCAAAUGACUCCAGUGGCGCCGGAACAAGCAAAUGCAGCCAAGUCGUCGGGAUGUCAAGGGGGCACCAAGUCGUACCUCUGGCACCUUCGGCUUGGCCACAUAGGUCACGAUGGACUCAAUUGCAUCGUGACGAAGAACAUUGGAAUUGGCAUCGACAUAUCUUCGGUGAAGAAGUGGGACGUGUGUGAAGGUUGUGCUCUGGGAAAACAGACUCGAGUGCGCUUCCAAUCAAACACUACAGCUCGCACCUCCAAACUCCUCGAAGUGAUUCACAGCGACGUAUGCGGACCGAUGUCGAUGGCAACUUUCAGUGGAAAACGGUACUUCGUGACAUUCAUCGAUGACAAGUCAAGAUACUGUGUCGUCUAUCUGCUCAAGAGCAAAUCUGAAGUUGCGGCGAAGUUCAUGGAAUACGCUGCGAUGGCCGAAACGCAAACCGGAAAGCGCGUGAAGUACCUUCAAAGCGACAAUGGGGGUGAAUACAAGUCCGACAAGCUGGCACGAUUCUGCGCGGAACGGGGAAUACAACAAAGGUUCACACCCCCAUAUACUCCUCAGCUAAACGGAGUAGCUGAGAGAAUGAAUCGCACGCUGGUCGAGUGUGCGCGUUGCAUGAUGGAACACGCUGGACUGGGAAAGAGCUACUGGGGGUGA